AUGGCACAGCAAGCCUGUGCUGCAGGCGAUUUCGGAGAGGAGUUUGUCGUUGUUGGAGGCCAUCCAUCUUCAGGUGAUGCUCUAAGCGCCUGCCAUGCUUUGGCCACCACCUUGCUGUGCCUCGUGCAAGCCUUCACUGACUUGGAGAUGUGUGACGAUGUGGAGGCCUAUGCCGAAGUGCUGCAGCGGCUUGGAGAGAAGAUGGAUGAGGCGGUCCACGAGAAGCGUCCAGGUAACUCUCCGCAGACCAUGAAGGCGGAGGCUGCUCGCAAGCUGCCCCAGGUCUUGUGGGAGACAGUGCAGCUGCAAGUCUUGCUGAAGCCCCCGGGCUGGACUGUUGGUGCAGGCUCCGCUGGUCAAGCAAGGCUGGGGCCUCGGUGGUGGAGCGAUGCUCCCAUGGCAUCGCAUCUGAUGCUGAAGCAGACUUCGGCUUCGUCCACCGCCUUGACCGGAACACUUCGGGACUUUUGCUUUGUGCCAAGACUUAUGCCGGGUACUUUGCGGCCAAGUUUGAGUUCAACGCGCGGCGGGUGA